UGUGCUGAUCUGCUGGUCGACAGUCUUAAGGGGGAGAGGGAUUUCUCGUUAAAGAGUGUGAAGAACAACUCUGAUAAUUAUGACCGGCAACUUUUGUCCAAAAUUGGAAAGCCUCAUUCUCCUCCUCGACCAUCCGUCAGUCUAGGAAGCGACCGGGGCUCGAUAUCUACGUUGCCUUUCCAUUCGAGAAGCUUAGGGAGCGGAUUCCUGCCCUCGCCGAUUUCUGAUGGACCACCUGGCGCUCCAGAUUCCCGCAAUAGUGUCUUUCAGUCGGGUGCCAUUUCUCCAGGCACCAAAACAGGAUGGAAGGACUAUACAGAUUAUCGGAGCCCGAGUGUUGAGAGCAGUGCGCCGUCUUCCGGGAUGGAUUUCGACGCAGGACGACGACAAGCAGGGGCUACGACUCCACAGUUUGAAGAUACGUUCAGUCUCUCCAGUCGGUCGAACAGGGGGAGCUAUGAUCAGGGCGUCUUCUCGGAUGUCGAGGGAGAGUUCUCUGUCGAUGAAAGCGGGCAGUCCCGGCAACUUCAUAGUGAGCGUACACCUCCCUACUUGGACAGCAUGUCCAGCCAUUCGAAACAGCAAGGGAUGAAGCGACGAGCGUCAUCUCCGCCGCGUGAGCUGACUGGCGAUGACCGUCAUACUCUUCACAAAGCGACUAGUAAUGGCGAUCUUGCCUCGCGAAGAAUGAGUGGACUUCCGUUCUCGGGCGCCGUGUCACCUGGCUCUCGGUAUCCCCCAAGCCAUGGAUCGCUGUCAUCUGCCUCCUCGGCGAGUUUCCGAACGUCUGCGUCGUACAGCUCUUCGGCUUCCCUAUCCGUUGGUGGCAGCAGCAUGACGAGCAUAUCUUCCUACGAUCGUCUCUCCUCUGGGGGUCUCUCGCCCAAGUCGGAGCUGGAGCAAUGCCAGGACAAGACAGUUCUGAACCAGCCCAGCCCCAGUGGAUCUCUGGCCGGUGUUCCCGCAGCGAAAGGGCCGCAAUACACCAACCCCACGGAUCCGAAAUCGACCUCUUCCAACCGGAAGAUGUCUGUGCAGACCGCUCUGAAUGCGCCGAAACCUAAUGGUCCCAAGAUUGGAGGAAUGUAUAUUUGCGAAUGCUGUCCUAAAAAGCCUAAGAAGUUUGAUACGCUAGAGGAACUGCGGUUGGUUACGCCUUUUUAA